AAUCAGUCAAGUUGAGCCCUCCACCUUCUUUGGUGUAUUUCGCUGCCGUGAAAUCGACAUCGCAGCUCAUUCUUCUCCCACAGAUGAACCGUGGUAGAGUUACACGUGAGAGUGAUGGCAUUACUGGUGACGGUGUGACGUGGUCACUCCUCCCAGUUCCCCGUCCUCCACCGUCCCGCACUCUUCGAAAUCGACCUCGACAACGCGAUAGGGCUACUGAAAUGCAGCAGAAUCCAAUGGGGUUAUCCAUGCGAUACUAGCGUUAGAAGGAAACACCUGAUCUGACAUCGGUUGUCGUUAAUUGAGACAGGAGGACAUGGAUCGACCCCUGUGGCCUUGGUCACUUCUCACCUGCUCCUCCAAUGGACGCGUCAGCUGAAAAUGCCGCUUCGAAUCGUGUUUUCCGACGCACGCUGAGUCCAAAUGAGCUGUCGUACUUUCUUCCCAGUCGUGCCAGUGGAUUGAACGAUAUGUUUACGCAAGUCAUCAUCCACGCGCCGCCAGCACCGAUGUCGCCCCGCCGUGUCCACAUCGCUUGGACCAUCACGCGGCUGCGAUACACUCUUCUGUCAUGCCGGGUAGAGAUGCCGCCUGGGCGAUACGACCAGGCUGAGUUUGUAUACACGCCCCCGCCCAGUCCGUCGUCAGCCCUCCACGAAGCAACAUCGUCUCUACGCAUCCGGGACGACAUCCGUGGUCACCAGCUUAUCGCCGACUUCCUCAACGGCCCGCGCACGCUGUCCUCAGACUGCCUCGCGCGUCUGGAUCUCGUGCGGCACGGCGAGGUCGAGUCGGGGAAACACGAAUACCACAUCAUGUUCUCGUGUCUGCACAUGAUAGGUGACCUGCUGGGCGUGCAGCAGAUGAUGGAUGGGAUGUUUCGGCUUCUGGGUGGAGCGGGGACCACGGACGACGAGCUGCAGAUGUUGCUGGAACGUGAGUGGGAUGUGCGCUGGCGCGCAGGGGGGAUCGCUGUUGCGACGGAAGCCCGGAUAGCUGGGCUCGGGAUGGGAAAGCUGGCGGCUGCCGCAUGGAAGGUGGAUUACCUGAAUGUGCAGCGGCGAUCUAUUGGUGCUCAUGUGUUCCCGCGGAUCAAGGCUCCACGGACGAAUAUUCGACUCAUCCAGAUCCGAUUCAGCCACGCACAGACUGCUGAGAUAUUCAAGAACUGCAAAGCAAAUGGGACCACCGCUCAAAAUGUCUUUUUCGCCCUGUGCAACUGGGCGUGGAUCCGGCUUUGUGCAGCGCAUCCAGAAAUCGGGGCGGACCGCACGCUGCCGAUGCUCAUGUACACUGCCGUCAGCCUGCGGCGGCACCUGACUUCGGACGUCGAUCUGUCGCUGGCGCUCGACUACACGAACGUCGUGCUGCCAUCGUUCAUGCCACGGAACAUCGACGAACGGAGAAUCCUGUGGGAAAGGGCGCGGUCUGCCCAGAAACAAGUGGCCAGAUAUGCGCGGAGUCCGUAUCUGCUGCAACGAUCCUUGCUCUCAACUGCAGCCCGGGCUCAGAAAGCCAAGAUGUGGGCGAGGAUAGACGAUGGAUUAGAGCUGCCGUCGGUGAUCAAGCAGAAGGCUGUAUCGCCCCCCUCGCUCGCUCUUCUCGGGGUCACGCACGCUGGUGAUGUGGGCCUUACCUAUCGGCCUCAUCUUUAUCCCGAACUACGUAUCCAGACCGGGACUGGCGGGUCCCGCAAAGGACCCGGUGGACUGCUACUCGGGACUCGACUGUUCUUUGGGAGGUUCCUGAUGAGUAUGAAUUGGGACGAUGCCUGUGUCCCAUCGGGCCUCAUGAUGGAGUUUUGGAGCCAUGUCGUGGAUGGAAUGCACAGUCUGGUCAUGCAGGAUGAGAGCUUGGGACGCGGGGAACCGGUGGACUGGGUUUCUGGGGCUGGGGUGGUUGGACGGAGCAAGCUUUGAGCGGCCUCACCGAAUGCAAAGUGUCUAGAGAUUCUUUUUGUCGAACAAGCCAUUCUGUGCCCGAUGAUCCCCAGACUCUUGACAUCUGCUGCCAUGUCCGAAAAAUGCAACUGAUGUCUCUCGGCUGUGCACCCUGGCCACUGCCACCGGUGUCAGGGAUGCUUCACCACCUGUUAUGGCAAAAGCAGAUGUUUGGACAGAGCACAUCCUCUUCGCACCUACACUGUUUGAUACAAGGUGGGUAAGACGUCCUUCUUGGAGAAUCCUGACUGAGACCAAUGCGGACUAUCGCUUCGGUCGAUUUGCCGGUGCUCAAGACGAGACGGCUCUUCUGGCCUAUACAUUGGGUUGAUCAGAUUGUAGCGAACUCGGCCGAACAAAAUUGCACAGCUGGUGCGUGGAGUGGCAGAUAUUGGAGGACAUCGAAGGAUUGUGUGAGUGAUUGACUCAGACAUACUAAUCGGAAGGCUGCACGUCGAGUGGAAGACUAUGCUUGGUUUGUCCAGAGUCUCGAUUCAUUUGAAUCGGAGCAGCCUGCUUCCACAAAACCCUUCGCUUCAUCGCGGUGCUCGGUGCUUCGGGCGCUCGACAUCAUUUGCCCUCGUGUGAAGAGGAGAUCAAGCGUCGCAGCGCGUGCUUAAAGAACUGCCAGAAGGUGUUAUAUCCAGGACACAUCGUCUCAUGCGAUCCUGAAUGAAGCAUUACCAGUGCAAAUCAUUCCCAUGCUGCAACGCGCUACGGGAAGAUUCCACAGGAUUCACAGACUGCGCUGAGUUGAACGAGCGGGCGGUAGAACAGAGCUGUGGGCGAUUCUCCGAUGUGUGCUCUCCGGUUGCGUGAAGGCUCGCGUAGUCCGCCAACGGUAGAUGUCACAUACACUCUUCACCAAGAUCGACAAGCGACUGGGAACGUCAAUAAGCAGGAUGCGCUUAGUCAAUGUUCCAUCGUUUGUGCAACAUGACAGGAAUAUCAUAUUGUCGAUCCUUCCACAGCAGGGCCAUCACGUCUUGGUUGUGUAGAGAAGGCUCAGACAGUAAUUCAGGACAUGGUGGUUCCGCUGUGUAGCGUAGUCGGCUGCGACAACCUAUGCGAACGAAGUGAACGGAGAAGCAGUUCCUACCUUUCUCACACUACUUGGCGCUGCGCCAAUCCUCUUUAAAGUCAUCUCAAGUGACUUGGCUGCAACUCGGAUUCUUAGCAUACACUAGCGAGAAAGAAGACUAGUUUCUGAGCGCGACGCAUCCAUCGUAUCCUUAGCAUCCGCUGCUCUCACUCGGGGUUUCUGACCGCCCAUCAGCGUAUGUUGAAAUUUAUCCAGGACCUCAAGCAAAUAUUCGAUAAGAAAUAGGAAGAGUAAAUCGUACCCUGAAUCUUCCAAUUCCGAGUCGACCACGAAUUCGGCAACUGAGAGUCGCAAACUGAGUACCAAGACCUGAACCACGUCUAUAGUUGGGUUCUCGACGGGGGGAAGCUCAAUACGCUUGUUCCACAUGGUUUCUGCAUACGAGGGAGACUAUACUCCUCCGUGCUGCGGCGCUUCUGCCCGGAGCUUAAAGUGAGGCGAAAUGUCGAAGAGGAUCGGAAGUCCGCUUGAGAAUCCAGAUCGCUUGCCG